UGCAGCACUGAUGCAGGUGGCUCAGGGCGUGGCUUCAUCUCAGAGGACAUGGGCUUGUCUGCGCAUGCGUGAGCCAGAAAAGUGCGUUUUAGAAUGAUUACACGGAGAGACAGAUUAUACAGCUCUACACAACUGUUGUUUUAAUCCCCUGGGCGAGGAGAUUUAGAAAAGAAAAAUCAGUGGUUUUAAACCCAGCAGCCAUAUUGUAUGGAAAAACGACGGAAAGACUCCUCUUUUCAGAAAAGUCGUGUUCCCAGACACCUCUGUCAAGACUUUUCGGGACUUUAAUUGUUUUUUCUUACUGGCCGCGGUGUUAAAUUAACCGUGUAAAACAUGAAGGACCGAUUGGAGCAACUUAAAGCGACGUGUGAUCAAGAUGAUGACGAGGUGGAGAUUGCUAUGGACAACGCAGCCUUCAUGGACGAAUUCUUCUGUCAGAUUGAGGACAUCAGGAGCAGUAUUGAUAAAAUUGAUGAGAACGUGGCGGAAGUCAAAAAGCUUUUCUCGGUCAUCCUGUCUGCUCCCACAUCAGAUCAGAAAACACAGGAUGAUUUGGAGGCAAUCACCAAUGACAUAAAGAAGAUGGCCAACAAUGCAAGAAACAAACUCAAGACCAUUGAGAGAAAUCUGGAGGCAGAGGAGCAGGAGAGGGUGUCGGCUGACAUGCGAAUACGUAAAUCACAGCAUGCAGUGCUGUCCAGGAAGUUUGUGGAGGUAAUGACAAAGUACAAUGAAGCCCAGGUGGACUUCAGGGAGAGGAGUAAAGGACGUAUUCAGAGACAACUAGAGAUCACUGGAAAAGCAACAACAGAUGAGGAACUGGAGGAGAUGUUGGAGAGUGGCAAUGCUGCUGUGUUUACUGCAGGGAUUGUGGACGCUGGGGUCUCUAAACAAGCCCUGAGUGAGAUUGAAGCCAGACACAAAGACAUUGUCCGUCUGGAAAGUAGCAUCAAGGAGCUGCAUGAUAUGUUUGUAGACAUUGCAAUGCUGGUGGAGAGCCAGGGUGACAUAGUUGACAACAUAGAGCAGAAUGUAUCCAAGUCAGUGGACCACAUAACAGUUGCUAAGGAACAGACCAAAAAAGCUGUAAGGCAUCAGACCAAAGCACGCAAGAAAAUGGUGAUAAUAGUGGUGGUUGUGCUCAUUUUGCUGGCCAUUCUAGCUCUCAUAAUCGGGUUGUCAGUGGGAUUGAAGGGAAGCUGAUGAGCUAUUUGACUAAGAGGAGAGCUAAGGAAGAUGAUCAUAAUCGGUGUAGUCUGUGCUGUCGUUGUUCUCAUCCUCCUCAUCAUCCUCACCCAGACACUAUAACAGGACUGCCAGCAUUAUCAGUUUAUUCAUCACCCACUCCAUCAUAUCCUCCUUCAGCAAAAAAUUUAUUCUGAUCACUCCAUAUGGAUAUGAUCAUAUUUAACCCGCAGAUGUACAACAAGAAAACCUUUGUCCAAUCAGAUCUGUCCUUUCCUGGUCUGUAAGGAUACGUUUGACUCCUUUGGGUGGCUUGGACAGUUUGAGGAUGUUCUGCUGCAAAUGAGGAAAUGAAACUGAAGCUGACAUGAGGUACAAUACCUGUUGUAUCUCUGUGGAGGGGAAAAGAGAAUUGAAAAAUAACCGAUCAUAAUGUCACUAAACCUUUCACUGUCCAACAUACAAUGCCAAAGAAUCAGACUGGAAUUGUUCGUCAUCUGUAACUGAUUUUAAUGUCCAGGAAGUGGGACCCUUGUGAAGCCUUGUAGAAGCACAUCAUCUCCCUUAUCAUUAAUUCUUGCCUUUAUGAGCCUUGACACAUUUUGUGAUUGAAAAGCGAGCUAUUGUAUGUUCACUGUAUUGAGGUGUUUCAGCACUUUCACAUUUCAAAAUAUGUCUCUAUUUCAGUAAUUAAGAUCAGAUGGUCAUGUGAAUAAUAUAAUUAUUAUUUUGUGUGUAGUCUAUAUAUCUAGCACUCAGUAUGUCUCGGUUCUUUAACUUGAAGAGGAUGGGUGUGCUCACUUAUGACUAUAGUUUGUAAAGCCCAGUGGUUCUAAUUUUAAAUUAGAAGUAUGGUGCUUACAGAAACCCAUUUCAUGGACAGGUGGAGCUAAGAUAUGCAAACAAUGUAUGAUAAACAUGCAUUCAUUGCUUUAAGAUUAUCCAAACACUUUGAGAAAUGCCUCAAUGUGUUUUGUUUUUCUGAUAAGUUUGUAAUAAUGUUAGCCAUCUUGACCUUCUACAUACUAUUUAUAGACAUGAUUGCCUCCCCUUUUAAAGUGAUGUUUAUUGCCAAAGAGAGUCAGGUAGUAAGACCAUUUCAAUUUCAGUGCCAGAAUAGUCUAAUAAGUAAGUAAAAGUAUUAUAUUUAUUAUACGUUUUGAUGACAUUGCUACAUAAGGAUAUAGUAUAAGUGGACACUCUAACCUACAGUAAGGCCUUGCUGACUGGUGGCACCUUACUGGUGUGAUAUGCAUUUCCUGUCAUAUUUUUUUAAGUCAGUAUAUUUUUUCUUACACUUCAUUUGCCAGUUUAUUAGUUGUACAUGUAGCUAUGUGUGACUAAUAAAUUGGCUUUAACUGGUUGGUAACCAUCAUUUCAGUUGGUCAUUUUUUCUUGGAAGAGGGAAUGUGUCACCCAGAGGCUUUAAUAAGGCAAUUAAAGCAGGUGAAUUCAGCUGUGCAUACACUACGCACACACACAUACCCCUACACAUACACUAUUUCCACUUAUUAAAGAGACCGGUAUUGAACACAUAGAGGGGUUUUGUAGUGCAAAGAUGUAAUUUGUAAAAAUGUCCUGUGCAUUAUGAGGGCCGCAAUCACUGAGGGAAGUCUUUGUUUCUGUUAGACCAGAGCCUGAAUGGUUCCUUUUGAUUCUGGUUGUGCAGUGAGCACUUGAAAGUGAGACCCCUCCCCAGCUUGGUCUUUUGAACACACCGUCUGCUCUUUUGGCUUCUUCUGCCCUUGACUGUUCAAUGCUAAUGCUUCUAUUCAAGCCUUUUUCUUC